GGAAAGAAUUGUGAUGUACGGGAAAAUCCAACUUGCUCUGGUGCCUGACACAGGUGAAAAUCAGUUGGCAGCUUCAGACAGAGGGGGGGAGCACAUUCGUUGUUUGAAACAGACGAAAGGAGCCAGCUUAAUGCGCUUGGAGAAAUGAAGUUAAAAGGAUUCGCCGCAGCUCCUGAAUAAAAGCCAGAGGCCAGCGUGUUCCACGGCCAUGACUUCACACUCAGUCCCUGCAGAUGACUUCGGUAGCUACUAUGUCCUUUAAGGAGGCCCGGGAGCAGCAGCCCCACUUGCAGGGCGUGACUGGCCUGCGGAACCUGGGCAACACAUGCUACAUGAACGCCAUCCUGCAAUGCCUCUGCAGUAUCUCGCCGCUGGUGGAGUACUUCCUCUCCGGAAAGUACAUCACCGCUCUCCAAAAGGACUGCAGCGAGGUGGCCACUGCCUUUGCCUACCUGAUGACAGACAUGUGGCUCGGAGACUCGGACUGUGUCUCUCCAGAAGUGUUUCGGUCUGCCCUUGGCCACCUCUACCCAGCCUUCAUGAGGAAGACCCAACAAGAUGCCCAGGAGUUCUUGAUUUACGUCCUAAAUGAACUCCAUGAGACUCUGAAAAGGUACCACCGGAAACGCCCGCAUGAGAAGGGAUCCACUCAAAGAUGCUGCAGGAAAGUGAUUCCCAAUGAGACGUCGAUCAUCACGCGGCUGUUUGAAGGGCAGCUCAAUUAUGGCAUCAUAUGUUUGAAGUGUGAGAACUACACCUACAGAAAUGAAGUCUUCACCGUCCUCUCCCUCCCCAUCCCAUCUGAAUACGAGUGCUCCCUUCAGGACUGUCUUCAGUGUUUUUUUCAACAAGACACACUGACUUGGAACAACCAAAUUCAUUGCUCCUUUUGUGAAACCAAGCAAGAAACAGCUGUGAGAGCCAGUAUUUCCAAAGCACCAAAAAUAAUUAUUUUUCACUUAAAAAGGUUUGACAUUCAGGGUACAUUGAAGCGGAAACUGAGAACAGACAUUCAUUACCCGCUCACCAACUUGGACCUCACUCCGUACAUCUGUCCAGUUUUCCGGAAGCAUCCUAAAUACAACCUCUGUGCAGUGGUGAACCACUUUGGUGAUCUGGACGGUGGCCACUACACUGCUUUCUGCAAGAACUCGGUGACGCAGGCCUGGUACAGCUUUGACGACACCCGAGUCAGUGACAUCCCUGAAAGUUCAGUUCAGACCUCUACAGCCUAUCUCCUGUUCUACAGCUGCCAGCCGUUUUCCAUCCCUGUUCGAAAAUACAGACGCUAAAAGGGUGUUCCCUGAAAACUGCAAAACCAGCAAAAUUAAACUCCUAAAACUCA